GAUUGGAUUGAAUUUCUUGAAAUUAUUUAAGGAGUUCCAAUUCACCUCCAUUUGAAUUUUAUAUCUAUUUUAUUUAAUUUAUUCAAUUAUAUAUUUUUAUAAUUAUUAUUCUACAAUCAAUUCUAAUAACAAUUAGUCAAAUUGAAGUAUAAAAAGCAAAAAACAAUGUCUGCAGUUCCAAAGACUCAAAAGGGUGUCAUUUUUGAAAAAAAUGGUGGCCCAUUAAUUUAUAAGGACAUCCCAGUCCCAACUCCAAAACCAAAUGAAAUUUUAAUUCAUGUUAAAUACUCUGGAGUAUGUCACACUGAUUUACAUGCCUGGAAAGGUGAUUGGCCAUUAGACACUAAAUUACCAUUAGUCGGUGGUCAUGAAGGUGCCGGUGAAGUUGUUGGUAUUGGUGCUAAUGUCACUGGUUGGGAACUCGGUGAUUUAGCUGGUAUUAAAUGGUUAAACGGUUCAUGUUUAAGUUGUGAAUUCUGUCAAAACACCAAUGAACCAAAUUGUGCUAAGGCCGAUUUAUCUGGUUACACUCAUGAUGGUUCUUUCCAACAAUAUGCUACUGCUGAUGCCGUUCAAGCUGCUAGAAUUCCAAAGGGUACUGACUUAGCUGAAGUUGCUCCAAUCUUAUGUGCUGGUGUUACCGUUUACAAGGCUUUAAAGACUGCUGGUGCCAAACCAGGUCAAUGGGUUGCCGUUUCUGGUGCUGGUGGUGGUUUAGGUUCUUUAGCCAUCCAAUACGCUAAGGCUAUGGGUUUGAGAGUUGUUGCCAUCGAUGGUGGUGAAGAAAAAGGUGAAUUUACUAAAUCAUUAGGUGCUGAAGCAUACGUUGAUUUUUUCACUUCUAAAGAUAUUGUUGCCGAUGUUAUUAAGGCCACUGAUGGUGGUGCACAUGGUGCCAUUAAUGUUUCUGUUUCAGAAAAGGCUAUUGCCCAAUCUGUUGAUUACGUCAGAGCUACUGGUACUGUUGUCUUAGUUGGUUUACCAGCUGGUGCCAAGGUUGUUGCUCCAGUUUUUGAUGCCGUUGUCAAAUCUAUUUCCAUCAAAGGUUCUUAUGUUGGUAACAGAGCUGAUACUGCUGAAGCCAUUGAUUUCUUCUCCAGAGGUUUAAUUAAAUGUCCAAUCAAGAUUGUUGGAUUAUCUGAAUUACCAGGUGUUUACGAAUUGAUGGAACAAGGUAAGAUUAUCGGUAGAUAUGUUCUUGAUACUAGCAAAUAAUCGAACUGAAGUCUUCCGGAGAGGGUUAGUAUUAUAGAAUUUACCCUGUUGCAAAAAUUUGUCCAGGAGAAAAACAAUUAUGCAGAAGCUCUGGAUAUUUUCAUUAUCCUCUUUCAUGAAUUAAAAAUUUAUAUUAUUUUUUUAACGAAUUACGUUUUAAACAUUUCAGUAUCUUUAUAUUAAUAAACUAUACUUUAAAAUAA